AUGCGUUUUGACAUCGUCUCACUCACUGCUGGCUUUGCCGCCACUGCCUCGGCGCAAUGCGUUGGCAAGUACUUCAGCUUUUACAACCGCGCUGGUAAUGCCAUGAGCUACCAGCGUCUCGACCCUGGUCUAUUCCCCGGAACUGAGAGCCCCCAUCUCCACUCUUUCGACGGAGGAAACGGACUCUCCAAGUCCAUGGGCUUUGCGGAUACCCAGGCCUCGGACUGCACCACUGCUCGUGUCAAGGCCGACAAGUCCUUGUACUGGCGCCCUACUCUGUUCUUCACCAAUGGGACCAAACUCUACCGCGUACCCGAGCUAGCCACCAAGAUAUACUACAAGUAUGGCGAUGGUAACAACUGGGCAAACGUCACUGCUUACCCGGAGGACUUCAACAUGAUCGCUGGCAGCCCGCUCAAGCGCUCCGAUGGCGACAACCCGGCCGGUGUUCGUUGGGGCUGCCAUGAGCCUGACGGUGGCUCUACAGCCAUCUUUGCCAACGGUUUCCCCAAGGGCUUCAGCACCUGCAAGUAUGGAUUCGCUUCCGAGGUUACCUUCCCUUCCUGCUGGAACGGCGAGAAGAUGGACCCCAAGAACCCUAAUGCGCACAUGGCCUACCCCAACGGCAACGCCGGUAUUGGUAUCGAGAACUGCCCGACUACUCAUAGGGCUGCGCGCUUCCCUACCCUCUUCAUUGAGUACUGGUGGGACGUUACCAAGUUCACUUUUGGUCCCGAUGAGGCUCCUUGGGUCCUGUCUAACGGUGACCCAACCGGCUACGGGUUCCACGGUGAUUUCAUGAACGGAUGGGAGACUGGUGUCCUCGAAAAGGCCGUAAGCGAGAACGACGGCUGCAAGUGCGGUUGCGGAUGUGGACAAGAAGAAAUGGAACAGUGCUUCGGUUCCGAGAAUGUCAACAAGGACAGCGAUGAGUCUUGGGCAAGCUGCUCCGCCAUGGAGACAUACGGCGGUGACGAUGGAAGCGUCCUUGAUGCUCUCCCUGGUUGCAACCCGAUCCAGUCCGGUCCCGCUUCUGCUACUUUAGCAUCAGGUCCUGGCUGCACUGCCGCUCCUGCUCCUGCCGGUAACAGCACUGCCACUUAUUCUGCUACAGUCCGCCCAACUUCCAUGGCUGCUAUCACAUCUGCAUACAGCGCUGUCCCCUCCGCAGUCUAUUCCGCUGCCCUACCCAAGGUUUCUUCUGAGAUUGCUGUAGUUUCCGAGGCUGCGACCCCUCUCCCUAUGAGUGCCUACUCAUCAUACAGCGCUGUGCUUCCUGACAAGCAGGUCGACAGGCCAACUGGUGGCUACGAUGCUCCCCAGCCUACUCCGAUUGCGUCUGGUGUUGUAGAUGCAACUACCUGCACCGGCGGAGCUAUUGUCACCGAGACGGUAAAGGCGACAGUUACUGUCACCGUUGACGGGCAUGCCGCUAUGAGCACUGGCUCUUACUAA